AUGCCGUACCCGCAAGGGCAACGGCAGUGGCCUCCAUACCCGCAAAUUCCCAUAUUCCUCGAAACGAGCGAUAACAACGGGACGAGAAGGACUUUUCGAACGAUCUCACCCAUAUCUCCAUCUCCGGAAAUCCGUCCUCAUGACCGGCCCAUCCAGUUUCUCGCGGUUGCGUCCACUCAAUUCACGAACGUUUCUCCCGUCUCUCCGGCCACCCAAUUUACGAAUCUCUCGCCAAUCUGGCCAAUACCGGAGCCGCCGCCUGAGAUAAUCCAGCACCCCCCUCGCCGGCCUGCGCUCCGGUUCUUUCCGACCGCGAAGCCGCGUAUCCAACUCCACGCCGCCCCUCAGCCCCCUCAAUCAGAGAAGGCACAUAAAGCUCACGAAGAUGCCCCGCACCCCGGAAGGAAGAGUAAGUUGGGACUGGGAAUCCUUGAAGACGCCUCGAACCCGAAUCCGACGCCGACGAUAUCACCAGUUCUAGAGAGAACCAACCGAUCUUCAAACAUCGCGCAGCGCAUCGAAGAGAAGAUUUGGAGAUACAAUCUUUCGGGGAACAUUAUCAAGAGGUGGCUUCUCGAGAUCAUUAGUUGGUUCAUAAGCGCCAUUUCUAUGGCGAUCAUCAUCGGAGUCCUCAUCUAUUACAGGAACAAGAAGAUCCCAAACUGGCCCGGCUAUCUCACCCUGAACGCCUUCAUAUCGGUGCUCUCUAAAAUAGCUGGUGCAGCACUCAUUCUACCGGUUUCGGAAGCGCUGGGCCAACUUAAAUGGAGCUGGUUCCAAGGCCACUCGAAGAAGAUGUGGGACUUCGAGAUUUUCGAUAACGCUUCCAGGGGUCCAUGGGGCGCUUUUCUACUGCUUAUCCGAACGAAAGGCAAGACCUUAGCUGCGCUGGGGGCUGUUAUUACUAUAUUCUCGCUUGCGCUUGAUCCAUUCUUUCAGCAGGUUGUCGAUUUUCCGACUCGCUGGAUGAUACAGGGAAACAGCUCGAUUCCAAGAGUGGUGGAAUAUGCACCUCAAUUCGGCAAGUUGCUCCAAGGUGGCUUCGAAAUACUUCAGAAGGAUCAAGAUAUUCAAGCCGUGGCAGAAAGGUUCUUCUACGGCAAUGGCACUAAGCCGGUCAUCGUCGGUAACGCGACGCGCCCAGAUAUUCCGCUUUCGUGCCCAACGAGCAACUGCACUUACCCACUUUAUGAGACGCUCGCAGUCUGUAGUGCAUGCGUAGAGGUUGAGCAACUUCUGACGUAUGCAUGCCUCGACACAAGAAUAGACUGGACAUCAAACCUUACCGGGGUUGGCACGGAAUCGACAUACCCCAACGGCACCAUGUGUGGAUACUUCCUGAACGCCACAAGCGAGGCUCCGGUUCUCAUGUCCGGCUACCUGGUCAACUCUGGCAAUUCCUCCGCCGGAGAGGCUCUGCUGACGCGUGCACUUCCACUAACCACUAAUGUCUACAGGCGGCCAUUGUUUGGUGGCUCCAUCAACUUCAAACAUGUUCGCAAUCCAAUCUCUGAUGUGUUGAUCGUUGCUGCAUCGAAUGGCUCCGCGAGCGUGUAUCGUGGCGAGGCACCUGUUGCCCACGAAUGCCUGCUCUCCUGGUGUAGUAAGACAAUCAACUCGACGUACUUCUGGGCCACUUAUGAGGAGGAAGUCAUCAGUAACGUCACAAACACGACUGAAGGUCCAUUUCCAUGGACGACUACUCGAGUAGUGUUAUCGCCGACGUUAAACGGAACCAAGAACGUCUACUCUGAAAAUAUCACUGUUGAUGGAUCCGAAGCCCGGUACGGAGUUUCAAACCUCACCCACGUCCAAAUAAUAACUGUAUUCGAUGACAUCUUCCCGUCUUUUACCACGGUGGCAAACUCCUCCGUCAAUGAAUCCUUUCUCCGAUUCGGAACCAGCGACAGGACCAGCGUCAAGCUUCGCAGUCUUGAGUUCAAUCCCUGGCUACCACCGAACAACCUAACCCGUCACAUGGAGAGGUUAGCCACCGCCAUGACAAACGUUGUCCGGUCAUCCUCCAGCAAUGAAAUGGUGAACGGCGUGGCGUAUAAUCUGGAAAGUUACGUGUCUGUUCGUUGGGUAUGGCUUAUACUUCCCCUUAGCCUCCUCUUCCUGAGUGCUGGGUUUCUCGGUGCAACCAUAGCAAAGACUGCAAAAGAAAGCGGCCAGUUAGGCGUAUGGAAGACUUCCGCUAUUGCUACGCUUCUCUACGGUCUCCCGGAUGACAUGCAAAGGAAAAUAACUUCGGCUGCAGAAGGCGGUACACCAAGAGCAAGAGCCAAGGAGUUGAAAGUAAAGCUACUCCCCAAAGGCUGGAGGGUUUCCGGCUACAACCCUUUCUCACCGACGACCCCCAAGGUUCCUAAAAGCCAACCUCCACCUGGGUGGAUUUAG